AUGGCGAGUGGCUUGGCUGGCAAGGUGCGUCGCAGCACUGAGUCGGAUGAAUUUGACCUCAGCGGCUAUGACCAGGCUCGUUGCAAUGAGUUGGCCAAAGCCUGUUUCGGUGAGCCCUUUCCGCUGAAGGAGAUGGUGAGAAUUUCCUUCGUCGUGGGCGGUGGCAAGUUGGUGCGACAGAAAUACUCAGAUGAUUUGCCCAAGUUUAUGGUCAAUGCCCUGGGAGCCAUCGGAUUCCAGGAGGACAAUAGCGCCACCGUGGAGGCGGGAAGUGCCGGAAAGUUCAAGUAUCAUCACGAUACGAACAAGAACCUGAAGUUUGUGCAUGUCUUUCCAAAGAUUGCUGAGGCGCCCGCACCCGAGCAGCAAGCUGAUGAGGGCCUGGCGGGCCCCCGUGUGUUGAAGACACCGGAGGAGCUGCUGCUGGAGAGUGAAGAAGCAGAUUUCACUCGCUUCCUGCAGACGCACCUGGUGACCUAUGCACAGAAGCGAAAAGCCUUGGAACUUCUGAAGCAGCGCAUCGCGGUGUUGGAGGAGAUCGAGCUGAAGCUCUCGCGGCUGGAACGCCUCAGUGAUGAGGAGCAACAACUCUUCGAAGGCAUCGGCUCGGAGGACCUACGGCAAAAGGUGAAGCAGGUGAAUCUGGAGCUGCAAGCGAUGGUGGAAGCGAAUCGUCUCAGCAGUGCUGAAAAGAGCGACUGCCUCGAAGAGUUGGAGUCGAAAAUGGCUCAAGUGCAAGAGGAGAUCGCCAAGGCCGAGGCUGAAGGAAAGGCCAAGAAAGUACAGGCCCUGGCGAAGCCGUUGGAAGUGUUAAAAAGUACCCACCUGCAGGUGAAGGCGGCAGAUCCAGUCAGCCUGCCUCCGCUGAAGAAUGGGGACAAGAUCCGACAACUUCGACAAAAGUUAGGGGAACUGGAGAGGUUGGAGAAGGCUACCAAGACAAAAGGACACGCAUCCAUUGAUGAGCUGAAGAGGCUCGGCGAGCGCCCCGAGUUGGAAGAAGCGGCGCUGGAGUUGGAACGUCGUGCCCGUGGCUGGCUGGAAAGCGACGAGGUCUUUGAACAGCGACUGGAAGCAAAUCUGCGCGUCGGCAGAGCAGCGCCGCGUGGCGCUGGUGGUUACAACGUUGUGAGUGGAGGUGCAAAACCGGCCACAGCCAAAGCGAAAUCGACGGGGACGCGCAAUGCGUUUGGGGCCUUGGGGUGACAGCGGAAACCGUG